AUGGUCUAUUUCCAUAGCUCAAUCUCUCUCUGUAAGUCCGUUGAUCAAUCAUCUCCCAUGGCGAAUUCAAUUUGUUCUGCGGAUUUCGGUUCGAAAUCGAGGCAAAUCAAUCAUCUUCAGAAGAAUCGGAGAACCCCUACUUCUUCAUCCUCGUCGAAUUCCCUUCAGAUUCCACCUUGUGAUCGAUCUCGAUCGGCCAUGGUUGAUGUUGUGAUGUUCAUUGCCGUUGUUUGUGCCUGUGGCUUUUUGUUCUUCCCUUACGUGGAAUUUGUGGUGACAAAGUGUUAUGAAGGGGUGAAGGUUGUUGUGUUUUUGGUCAAGGAAGAGGUUUCAGUGGCACCUUGGAUCUAUCUUUCGAUUGGAUUGAGUGUUGUCUGUGCUGCAUUGGCCACGUGGGGUGUGGUGGUUUGCACCACUAGGAAGUGUGGGAAUCCCAAUUGCAAGGGUCUGAGGAAGGCUGCUGAGUUUGACAUUCAGUUGGAGACCGAGGAUUGCGUGAAGAAUUCGGCUUCUUCCUCGUCGAAUUUGGCAAAAGAUGGUGGUGGUGGUAGUGGUGGAGUGAAGAAGGGUCUCUUUGAAUUGCCCCGUGAUCACCACAGGGAGCUGGAGGCCGAGCUCAAGAAGAUGGCACCACCUAAUGGAAGGGCUGUGCUCGUGCUCCGGGCAAGGUGUGGAUGUUCUGUUGGUAGAUUAGAGGUGCCGGGACCGAAGAAGCAUAGAAAGAUCAAGAAGUAG